AUGGUGGAAGACAAUGAUCGUGGCUUUGGGAGGACUCCUACGAAGAGUACAUUGUUGAAGAUUGUGAUACUUGGCGAAGGUGGAGUUGGAAAGUCAUGUUUGAUGAGCAGAUUUAUAUCAAACCAUUUUGAUGAUCAUAGUUUUCACACUAUUGGGGUCGAGUUUAUGAACAAAACUGUUGAAGUGAAUGGCAAGCAGUAUACAUUGCAGGUGUGGGAUACAGCCGGGCAGGAACGCUUCAAGUCCCUCCGGACUCCGUUCUACCGAGGCUCCGAUAUCUGCAUCCUGGCCUAUGCCAUAGACGACCGCAGCUCUUUCACCAACAUCAAGAUGUGGCUCAACGAGUUCCUCCAUUACGCGGGAGUUAAGAAUGGCAUUGAAAGAUAUCCGUUCAUGGUUGUUGGAAAUAAGUCCGACGUACCAUCAAAAGAUAGAGAAGUGACGUAUGACCAGUUAAAGCAGUGGUGUGAGGACAACAAGAUAGCGACAUACAUUGAAACCUCUGCCAAAAACGAUAAUAACGUUGUCGAGGCUUUCUCGAUGGCUGUGCAGAGAUGGUUGGAAUUAGAACAAAGAGCUGAAAAGGAACUGGGCAGACUGGACCAUCCUGACACUGUGACCCUCCACGGCUCCUCAACAGCAUCCAAUAUAAGAGCCACGUGUUGUUCACGGUUCACCGAAACAUGA